CGACCGACCGCGUGACGACCAUGGCGACGGCGACGGCGACGCGCUCGAGCGCCGGCGCGCGCGCGGCGACGCGCGAGGACGCGCGAGGACGCGCGCGACGACGCGACGCGCCGGCGCGGCGACGCGCGAGGACGCGCGCGACGACGACGGCGACGAGCGCGGGACGCGCGCUAUCCGCGACGGCGACGGCGACGACGACGCGCGAGCGCGCGAACGCGCGCGCGGCGCGGCGACGCGGGACGACGACGGCGGCGAGCGCGUACGACGCGUUCCGCGCGGGCGUGAGCGAGGCGGAUCGCGCGGCGAUCGGCUCGGAGUGGGAUAAAAUCAUGCGCUGGGCGGCGUUCGUGGAGAGCGCGCACGCGAACGACGAGAGCGUGCUGCAGAGCUCGAAGAAGGUGGCGAUCAUGGGCGGUGGGAGCUUUGGAACGGCGAUGGCGACGCUGUUGGCGAGGAAUAAGGCGGAUUUGGACGUCGUGAUAUUGAUGCGGAACGAAGACGACGCGAGGGCGUUGAACGAGGAGCAUAGAAACGUAAAGUAUUUGCCAAAGUACUCGCUGCCGGUGAACAUACGGGCGUCCACGGACGCGAAGGAGGCGCUGGCGGGGUGCGACUUUAUCAUUCACGCCGUUCCGGUGCAACAAUCGCGGAAGUUUUUGGCGGGGGUGAAGGAUUACAUCGAUCCCAAGACGCCGAUGCUGUGCUUGAGUAAAGGAUUGGAGACGGGGACGUGCGAUAUGAUGAGCGAAAUCAUUCCCUCUGGAUUGGGACGCGAUCAGCCGCUCGCGGUGCUUUCUGGACCGACGUUCGCGGUGGAGCUGAUGCAAGGGUUGCCCACGACCAUAGUCGCCGCGAGCGAGGAUGAAAGUUUGGCGAUAAGCGUGCAACAGCUCUUCGGGUCGUCGUGUCUUCGAGUGAACACGAGCACCGAUGUGACCGGUGUCGAGCUUUCGGGCGCGAUGAAGAAUGUCUUGGCGAUCGCGGCGGGUAUUGUCGAAGGGUUGGAGCUCGGCAACAACGCCAUGGCUGCGCUCGUGGCGCAGGGCGUGGCUGAGAUUCGCUGGCUCGCCGGGAAGAUGGGCGCCCGACCGGAGACGCUCGCGGGCGUGAGCGGUACCGGCGAUAUCAUGCUCACGUGUUUCGUCAACUUGAGCCGAAACCGCACAGUUGGUGUGAGAUUAGGCUCUGGCGAGACCUUGGAAGAAGUGUUAGGGUCCAUGAACCAAGUGGCUGAGGGUGUCGCGACGGCGGCUGCCGUCGUACAAUUAGCGAAGAGAUACCGAGUGCACUUGCCCGUGCUCACCGCGGUGGCGAGCAUCUUGGACGGGCACAUGGACGCGAAAACGGCGGUUGAUAAGAUAAUGCAUCUUCCGCAAGUGCCUGAAGUCUAAAAUAGUCGAGAUUCAUUAAUACAAACGCUAUAUUUUUUCAUUCAAUGAAGGCGAUGCGCCGGCGAGGCACGUCGUAGACGAUCGUUUUCUUACCUAAUAAUCUCGCGCAAAUCAUCCCACAACUGUGCUCGGAGAGACUGAAACCCUCUCCCGAAGCUAAUAAAGUGUCGAUGUUUUCAAAACGCACGCACUCACCCUUGGCAUCGGCGCUGACGAGUUGCAGCCAUUCCAUCGUCGUACGGUACGUCAGCGUGGCGCCGCCACUCUCGCCGUUAGCGCCGCUCACGCCUCGCACGCGACUGGAAACUCUUCUGCCUUCGGAGUCGAGAAGAUCGCUCAAACCGAGCUCAUCAACCGCUUUGGAAUGAAAAAUCACGUCCGCGCCGCCUGCACCACUAUCAAUCAUGAAAAUGUUUGGUUCGGUUUUGUGCGCAUCGUUGACGCCAGAGAACGUCGCGGCCACGUGCGGCACGUUGGACACGAGUCGAAGUUCCUGCCACGCCCAGUCCUCAUCGAUCGCACUCAGUUGCCUCGAGUCGUAAAUAUUAACACGCUCGCCUCCUUCCGAGACACUCAAAAUUGCACUUUUGAAGGCAUCGAAUCCGAUUAUUCCGGCGAUGGGUUUCGACGCCCCGCUCACGAUGCCGUCCAAUCCCAUCUCCAUGAACAGCGGCUUCUGCAGCGUCAGUGGCCCGAGCUUGAGUUUGUUCCCCCGACGAAACUGACAAGGUACGCGCCCGGAGACCCCGGAGACGUGCACUUCGCCGAACGCGCGAAGACCGAGCGUUUUCGCGGCUUUUGGCGUGAUGACUAAACCGCUCGCGCCCGUGUCUAAUAUAAACGGUCCCGCGCUCUUACCAUCGAUUAACGGCUCAACCAACACGUGCGACGACGACGCUCGAAUGACCGGCACCUCCGAACUCGAAUCGGGAUCGACCGUCACCGUCGGCGUCGCGAUCGUCGGUUUCUCAAAAAUCUUACGCCCCUCCUUCCCGCGCCC